UUUAGGAGAAACUUGGGCGGUGAAAUAGUUUAGUUUGAGUUAGAAUGCUGAUUACAAUACUUAUACUGCUGGGCUUAUUGGAUUUUGGGGCAUCCCGAGACCAUAAACAGUUUGGGUAUUUUGGAAUAUUAAAUUCUAUAGGAAUAUUAGACACCCCCUGUACCUCUUCAUAUCCAGCAGAUAAAGAACCAAGGGUUGGACAAUGUCAGAAUAUCGCUGAUUGUUCUCUAAAUGGUGGCAAAGUUGGAGGAGUGUGCAGUGAAGCCCAGGGUGUCUGCUGUUUACACAUAAACAACGGCAAGUGUGGAGAACAACUCAGGGGAAAAUUCGGAUAUUUCUACAAUGCAAAAUGGCCGCAGAGAGACAACACAAGCCAUUACUGCCCGUACACCGUGAAAACCUCACCAAAUACUUGUUUCAUCAGAAUAGAUAUCUUGACACUUGAAAUGUCUGAGAAGUCCGGAUCUUGUGUUCAUGACAGGUUUACAGUGAUGGGAGGGAAGGAGCCUAGCGGUCAAAUGUGCGGACAGAGGAGUGGAGAGGUUACUUUGGUUGAAGUAGAGAGAGGGCAGGAUAUUACUCUUCUAGUUCAAACACAGGGAGGAGAAUAUAGAUAUCAGUUUGGUAUCACUCAGAUCUCCUGUAGUGAAGUAAGAACAGCUAGGAUAGAAUCUGAAGAAUCUACGUACAAUGGAACCUUCCCUUGUGGAGAAAAGAAUCCGUCCUUGAAUAAAAUAGGAAAAAUAACUCUGAGGAAAAAAAAUAAACCUGUAACGCUGGAGGAUAUAUUGAAACAAGUAACGAAGGCGCAGGAAGAAGCAAAGGAGAAAACCUCCAAGGGAUUAAAGGAUAUUUCUGGGCUUGGAGAAUUAGAAUUGGAGGCUCUCAAGAGGGAUAUCUAUAAACCUAGUUUUCCUCGGCUCACAAACCAUUCGCCAUGGCAGGAAAGAGCUAGAAUGCUAGAAGGAAAAGAUCUGGGAAGAGUAUUGUAUGGAAAUGAAACAGAUACAAAUGAGUAUCCGUGGCAGAUAUCCAUGUGGUUGGAUAGAAGUCAUUUCUGUGGAGGAUCAUUGAUUAAUGAGAACUGGGUCCUAACCGCAGCGCAUUGUGUAGAUCUACAAUACAGGAACCAUUUUCAACGAGUGACAGUCAGUCUAUCCGAUCAUAAUGUUAAAAUAUUCAAUGAAACUAAGAAUAUUUUCCGUAAACUAAAAAGGAUUGUUAGGUUUCCAACCUAUGAUGAACAUUAUCUUCAUGGAGAUUUAGCCCUCCUUCAAUUUGAGACCCCUGUUGAGUAUUCUGCUUCUCUACGACCAGUAUGCCUUCCUAAGGACGAAUAUGAUUGGGGAUACAGGACAUCUAUAAUCACUGGUUGGGGUUAUGAUGAACAAAGCAAAAAUCUGGUUCGACCUACCACUACAGAGAUAUUGAAAGAGGCUGAACAGUACAUUCUUCCCCAGGAUGUUUGUAUUAAAUAUUCACCUUUUCCAAUCACAGACAGGAUGAUUUGUACCUUCAAGGGUCCUCUAGGAAUAGAAACAACUUGCCAGGGAGACAGCGGUGGACCCCUGGUGGUGAAUAAUGGAACUAACAAGUUUGUUCUUGUUGGUGCAACUAGUUUCGGAGUUUCCACGUGUGAAGGACCAUAUCCAUCAAUGUUUGCAAGAGUUUCUUCAUUUCUGGAUUUUAUAUACGCUGCUAUGGUACCUACUCCAAUGGAAUAUUUGAUAAAUUAUGAAUCUCCUAGAAUAUAAGUUGAAAAAAAUAUAUUUUUUAAUAAAAUGAUAAAAUCCA